AUGGCCUUUCGAAAAAGCACCUAUGGUCGAUGGGGAAACUAUGGCCGAUGGGGCACCAGUAGGGACCGCGGGGCCAGAUCGGGCACUGACUACCAGCCUUCGCCGCCCCCUCCCCUUGGAGAACUGAUCAAGACGCUUCCCCUCAACGACACCGGAUCGGUGGUUUCAGACGGCGAAGAGGACUGCGGCAUCUCGAAUACCAGGCUCGUGGCGUCCUACAGCUGGAUGAACGGCCCCGGUGCCAAGAUUGUCGUGCCUGGCAAACCUCCAUUGUGGACGCCCCCCAAGGGUCCCCAGAAGCUUCGCGAGGAUAGUGGCGUCUUCUACCGCGAUCGCAAUGCUGCGUCGUAUCCGAGCCACCCCAUGGAGCCGGCCGUCAUCUCCAUCAUGAGGAUGCAUCCCGAGCCGCUCUCGGUCGACUUCGUUGCCUGCGCAAGCACGCUCGGCAACCUGCUGCGCCACGUGCGAGGGGCAGGCCAGUCCUUCAGGAUGCUCGUCGAGGUUGUCGGCCAAACGGUCCACCUCAUACGACGAGAGAACUCGCCAAAUGAGAGUAUCCCAAACGUGAGGGGCUACGGCCACAGAUUUCUUGAGGCGUAUACUAGCUGGGAGCCGGGCUUGGGGCGGUCCCUGUCCCACCAGCGCAUCGUCAAGUUCUGCCUCGGGGGGCUCGACGUGCUCGUGCGGUACGAGGUCGACGGCUAUGUAGGAUCUGAGCAGCCGCGGGCUUCAGCCGGGGAGGACACGGCCGAUGCUCUGGGCCAGAUGGGGGGCCUGCGUCUCCAUCAAGACGACGUAGUGACAGAGUCCAAGGACGGGGGCCUUGAAGUGGGCAACGCCGGGAGCUCGACGCCUCAGAAUCCCAUCCUUGGCAUCAAGACUCGCUCCAUCAACGCCCGGCACAAAGACAACUUGGGCGAACAGAUGCCACGCCUCUGGGCCCGGCAGUCACCCAAGCUCGUCCUCACGUACCACACGCAAGGCGUCUUCGAGGACGUGCACGUCCAGGACAUCAGCACCGCCAUCAAAGACUGGGAAGCCGACAACCAGGCUGCGAUUCGGCAGCUCGUCGCUCUGCUGCGCAACCUCGCUCGCGACGCGCUGGCUGACGAGGACGGGAAGCUGGAGCUGCUUGGGAGGGAGGGUGGCGAGCUGGAGCUUCGACGCCGACUGCCCGACGCCGGCACUGCGUUUUCCCGGUCCGUGAGAGCGCAGUGGGAGGACUGGCUGGACGAGGGACGCAAAAAGGAGGCGGUUGACGAUGAUGGGUUUAGUGACGGGUGGAGCGAUGAUGGGGGGGCCAAGGAUCUCACGGCCUGCGACAGGGAUUGCGGCUACUGUGGCAAAUGCCAGUAUUGA